GGUGGAGGCCUGAAACUGCACAAUACAGCAGAUACCAGUCAAGUCUGCUACUUUCAAACACGUCUUCUCAUUCAGUGUGUUUUUCUUUCUUUUUAUGAUUUUGUUUUUACAUUUUAAUAUUUCUUUAAAUUUAAUAAUGAAAACAUUAAAGCUAUACAGAAACACAUGGAAUUAUUCUAUAACAAAAAAGUUAAAACAAACCAGAAUAUGUUUUAUAUUUUAGAUUCUUCUAAGUACCAUAUUUCACUUUCAUGACAGAUUCAUGAGGUGAAGUCACCUGGAAUUGUUUUUUUUUAGCAAGUUCCUGGUGGUGCUGAACAAUAGUUGCUGUUUGAAUUGUUUGAAUGUCGUUAAUAUUAACCUUCAACGUAAAAUAUAAAUGAAAGAAAGAAAAAACAACAAAAAACAUUGAAUGAAAAGUGGUAUGUCCAAACUGUUUGACUGAUAUUGUAGCUUUAGUAAGUAGUUUGACUAAUGACACACCCGUUUUUUUUUUAUCUGGACUUUCCUAAACCUCCUCUUAUAUUUAGAUUUACUAGCACUCUUAUCCUUGUGUUUAAUUUGACCCCAGCAAUUUACACCUCCAGAAAAAAUAUUAUAAUGAAACAUAAUUGAAUUUAGGAAACGUUCCCAUAAGGUAUUUUUAGUUUGUUUGUUGAACAAUUGGUGGUACUACAAGUACUAUUGUGUUGUUAGGUUAGGGCCUAAAGCAGAAGCCCAGUUUUUGGAGAUAUAAAAGUGCAUGUCAUACUGACAUCAAUAUUAUCAAACACAAAUGUGUGUAAAUAAAAUAUGAAUAUUUUUCGUUUAACUUUUUAAUUUUUACAUCACAGGGUGGAUGAUGUUAAACUUAUAUAAAUUUGGUAAGGACAUGUUUUAUUUAUUCUUGAUAACCCUUUAUUUAAGUCUGAAUAAUGAUUUAUGUGCUUUCAUAUAUGUGAGAUAGAAUGUGUGGCAUAAUAAUAGGACCAUGUUUUGUAAAACCAAAAAUCAGAGCAAAUAACAAAGAAUUUUUUUGUAAAUGAGAGUAACAUUAUUUAUAUUUAGAGCUUUGAACUUUAAGAAUGUUAGUUUUACAAAUGUUUCCCAAAAGCCUUCUCAUUUGCACAUCUGUGUCAGCACUGGCUGCACCGUAAGGUAGCUGAAUACAUUCCUUAGAAGGGUAGUCCACAACCAUUUAGACUAUAAUGUAUCACUCAGCACAAAUGCAGAAAAUAACUGUAAAUCCAGGAGAGAGGUAUAAAUCCAGGCACAUGUGAUGUUCUUGGGAAUGAGCUCUGAAUGUGCUGGCUUGAAGAAUCUUUUUCCGCAGGUGGAGGAAUGCUGACUGAAAACAGAGCGAAGAGGCACACACUGUUCUGUGGACGUACUACUGAGUGACAUCCAGUCCCUUUGCUUAUGGCCAGCUGUGGAAACGGACUGUUUCGGAUUUUGUGGCAAUGUCAUCUAAAACGCAGCUAUUGAAGCUUGCAUGGCUCGUCGUGAAUCUUUCUUUUUUCAGGAACUUCUGGCACAUCUCAGAUGUAUUAGCUGUUCAACAUGGAGGCCUCUCACAGCAAGGUUUCAUCAGAUCUGUCAGUGAUGCCAAUCUGAUGUUUGAGUUCUUGCUGGGUGGACUUAAGAUUGAUGCAGACAACAAUGUUGGCAUAAGGGAUCAAGAAAUGGCAUCCAUGAGGCAGGGUCGAGCUUUCUUGACCCACCUAAAUGAUAACAUACCCAAAACUGUGCCUGCAAUGGAGGAGCUGCUGGUCACUUUGGAAGGUAAAGAUCAGUCUUUCAGCCAGCCCCGCUUUGAGACCCUCAUCUUCGGGAUCGUCUAUUCAGCUUACCAGGUUCAGAAGCAGGAGGCUGAGAGGGAGGAGGCUCAGCAGAAGGCUUGGGCAGAUGUCCUCGGCCGCCUGGCAAAUGUUACCUUUAUACAGCUACGUAGCUAUUAAAUCCAGCUCACAAAAAGCCAACUUUAAAGCUACAGGGAAAACCUUGUUAGCCUUUCAUGGAAUGUUAUUUUGGAGUAUUUCUGUUAGUCCAUUUAUAAUGACAUUUUUUAAAUAACAUUUUCUAUUAUGUUAAAAAAGGAAAAGUAAAGGAGAUAAAAGGUAUUGGUGAGCAGGGCAUCAGUGUUGUACUUUCUGAUAUAUAUUCUGAUGCUGUAUUUUCAUAUAUAUUUUUAAACAGAACUUGUCAAUAUGACUCUGUUUACAUCUGGUCACUUCAUACCACAUACAGAAAAAAUAAAGCCAUUCAACAUAAAGUGUAAAUGCAUGGCAUAAUUCUCAAUAUAAUGGAACAUACUUUUCAAGCUUAAGUUAGAAUUAUUCAAUCAUAUUCAUAAAUUAGAACUUUAGUUUGGAAAGUUAAGGUUAGAGUUCCGUUACAUUUGAAAAACUAAAGUGUCCAGGUGUAAAUGCAUUUGAUGGGAUUCUGACGUAUUGUUCUCCCUAUAAAAGAGCCUGUAUACAGCACAAAAUGAUGCAUGUUAUUUUUAUGUGAAAAAGUACAAAUGUUUAAUAAGUUCUGAGUUUACAACAUACAAUAAAAACUGGAACAACCUGUUUUACUUUGAAAAACAAUUCAGCUCUUUUUUAUAAGAAAAUAAAUUUGCUAUAUAAACAGGAACUGGUUUGUAUAACUGCUUUACAGUAAAAAUGUGCCUAGAUUAGCUUUGGUCAACUAGGACUUCUUGUUUUUCAGCAUUUUACUUUCAGUCUUGCUUCUGGUUUUUGAAUUGGUCUCAGUUGAUUCCAGUGAUGCCAGUUUUUUCUUCACCUUGGCACUGUCUGCAGUUCCACGUCUGUCACCGCGGGGCCGCUGUGGAUUGCCUCGCUGGCCUCUGGAGCUUCCAGCUCUCCCUCCUGGCUCUGAUCCUUCCUCCCUCUGUCUCCUACACGGACUCUGGCUCACAGUAUCGUCUCGGUUCCAUAUCAAAAUAUUAUAGCCUGCAAAGAAAGGGCAGUUUUCUCAGGAGAGAAGUACACAUUUGAAUGCCGAUACCAUUUGUUUUAUUACAAGUGAUGUUGAGUACUUACCCAUUCCAGAUGCCAACACAUCCCCCAAUGGGUUAAAUUUAUUGAGCUAAAAUGUAAAAUAACAAUAAAGGAAUGUUAAAUGCUUUGAAUGCUAAAUAUUAAAAUAUUAUAUUUUUGGAA